AUGUGUUCUGAAACUACAUCGCCAUACUACGAAGCGUUACCAAAAAACCUCAAGCCAUAUCAUUAUGACCUUUCCAUUUCGAAUGUCGAGGUAGACAAGGAAACAUUUAAAGGUAAUGUGAAGAUUCUGUUAACUAUCCAAAAAGAAACUGACGAAUUACAUUUGAACUAUAGAGACUUAGCUAUAACCAAAGAUAGAAUCUCUGUUGAAAUUGGAGCCGAAAGACAAGCCAUUGCUGUGAAGGAAGUGAUCGAAUUCAAAUCAAAAGAAUACUUUAUCAUUAAGCUUGAAAAAUCAAUUACUCCAGAGAGUAAAGAAGCAUUUGUUACUUUACUUUAUGAUGGUAUCAUCCAAACCAAUAUGGCUGGUUUCUAUAAGUCCACUUAUACUGAGAAAAAUGAAGAGAAAAGUAUGUUGUCUACACAAUUCGAAGCUACAGACGCCAGGAGAGCAUUCCCAUGUUUAGAUGAACCGGAAUUGAAGGCUACUUUCACUGUUGACCUUACAUUACGCGAAGAUUGGGUUGCCCUUGGUAAUAUGCCAAUCAUAAUGGAGCAGCAACAGAGUAAUAACUUGAAGCGAAUUGUCUUCGAGAAGACUCCAAUCAUGUCAACAUAUUUACUAGCUUGGGCAUGUGGUGACUUUGAAUAUAUUGAAAACUUUACCGAGGAAUUGUACAACAAUGAUGAGCCAUUACCUGUUCGUAUUUACACUACAAAGGGCUAUAUUGAAGAAGCACAGUUUGCUGUGGAAAUUGCUCCAAAAAUCGUGGACUAUUUCAGUAAGAUCUUUGAAUUGAAAUACCCUCUUCCUAAAUUGGACCUUUUGGCUGUCCAUUCAUUUUCACAUAACGCUAUGGAAAAUUGGGGGUUAAUCACUUAUCGUAGUACUGCUUUGCUUUAUUCUGAUUCGAAAUCAGAUCCUUCGUAUAAACAAAAAGUUUGCUAUGUCAUAGCACACGAAAUUGCUCACCAAUGGUUUGGUAAUUUGGUAACUAUGAAAUGGUGGGACGAAUUGUGGUUGAAUGAAGGUUUUGCAACGUGGGUUGGAUUUGCUGCUGUUGACUUCUUAUUCCCUGAAUGGGAUAUUUUCAGUGGAUUUGUGUCCGAUUCGCUUCAAGAAGCAUUAAAUUUGGAUGGAUUAAGGAAUUCUCAUCCAAUCGAAGUCCCUGUAGUUGAUGCCUUAGAUAUCGAUCAAGUGUUUGAUGUCAUAUCAUACUUAAAGGGAGCUUCAACUAUAUUGAUGCUUUCAAAUUAUUUGGGUCAAGAUACAUUCUUAAAAGGAGUUGCUAAGUACCUCAAUGAGAACAAAUAUGACAAUGCAACUUCUCAUGAUUUAUUCCGUUCUAUUGGUGAUGUUUCUGGGGAACCAGUCGACCAAUUGAUGGAAUCUUGGAUUAAGAAAAUUGGAUUCCCUGUUGUUAGCAUCGAAAAAGAUGGUGCGGGAAGCACCUUCAAUGUAAGUCAAUCUAGAUUCUUAAAUGGUGGUGACAUAAAGCCUGAGGAGAAUGAAACUAAAUGGUGGAUUCCUUUAAAUAUAUCACUUGGAAAGGACGCUCAGGUACAAACUAGCUCACUUUCUUCUGAAAAUGAUGUUAUUUCACUUUCAAAAGCAGAUGCUUUCUUUAAGCUUAACAAAAAUACAACUGGGGUAUUUAGAGUGAACUAUUCACCAAGUAUCCUUGCAGAGAAUAUAUUUCCAUAUUUCAAUCAACUUUCAGCUACCGAUAAAGUUGGCUUAAUCGCAGAUGUCUCAUCUAUUGCCGUAUCUGGAAUAAAUAGCAAGACAACCACAUCUACUUUAUUGACUCUCAUUAAGUCUUUGGUUGAUUCCAACGAACUAGCUGAUCAAUAUGUAGUAUGGCUAGAAUUAGGUAAGAGAUUAACGGACGUGUUAACGGCCUUUUCUGGGGUUGAUAGUGAAUUGACCCAAAAAUUGAAUACUUUCGCUCAGUAUGUUUACAAGAAGAAAACCAUUGAGUUAUUGAAUUCUAGUGAAUCAGUGACCAAUGGAAACUUUUUACUCGGUAAAUUAAAGAGUGAAAUUUUAUUGAAUGCUGGGCUUUUAUCUAUUCCAGAAGCAAAGGAAUAUGCUAUCAAAUUAUUUGAAGAAUGGAAAAAGAAUGAAGGCAUCGACCCAUCGUUAAGAAGUUUUGUCUUUGCUACAAUUUCAUCCUCCCCUGACUUGAUAAAUGAAUUAACAUACGGCUUGAUGAUGCAAGAAGUCAUAAUUCCUUCUUCAUUAGAUUCGAGGGAAGUGACGUUAAAAGCUUUAGGACAUGUUAACAAUGAGGCGAUUUUCCAGAGUUUAAUAAGUAAAAUUGUUGAACCCGAAGUUAUCCCAACUAUGGAUGCUCAUUUCCUUGGUAAGUCAUUAUCAACUAAUAUACAUACUAGGGAUGGAUUCUGGCAAUAUUUUAAGAAAAAUUAUGAUGCAAUUUACAAGUCUAUGUCAACAAAUAUGGUAGUCUUGGAUAGGUUUGUUAAAUUGACUCUUGCUAAUUACCUGACAAUGGAAAUGCAUGAUGAAAUAUACAGUUUCUUUAAGGAUAAAGAUGUUCAUGGAUUUGAAAGAUCAUACAAACAAGUAUUAGAUAACAUUAAAAUCAGAUCCGCUUGGGUACAAAGAGAUCAAGAAAAUGUUAAAGAAUGGUUGAAGGCUAGCGGUUUUUGA